AGAGAUAUGCAAUAGCAGUUAACUUUGAUUGCAAUAUUAAAAUGCUCUAAUUACUGCACUAUUAAAAGCAGGUUAGAGUAUGAAAUUAACAUUUUGAUAACUUAGUAAUCCAAAUGUUGUACAAUUUAAAAAUUCAUAGUUUCAAUUUCAAAGUGCUGGUCACACUGCCUGUAUAAAGUAUCGUAAAGUACAAUACGGUAUCGAAACUGCUUAUAGCAGCUCUGGCAACUCUGUCAAUGCAUUGCAUGUUUUUUUUUAUUGUUAUUGUAAAUUGCAAAUAAACUGUGCGGGCUGCGCCCGUUAACAACAUGUCUAAGCUUUAUAACGCAAUACCGGCUGGCUUCGAGUCCGAUGAAGAAGAAUUGGAAUACAUGCUAGCCGACCUGAAAAUCAAACGACUGGAAGACAUAACAACUGGUGCAGGCAUAGAUGGCGACUUUGAUGCCACGCUGGACAGCGAUUUCCAGCAGUUCUUCGAUUCAUUUCGCAGCAAUUGGAAUAUGCACAACAAAUGUAAAACGCCGUAUAUGCAGAAGGAUUUAAAAAGUGCACUGAUGCGUCAUCAAAACCCAUUGCUGAUGGGGCUUAAAAUAUUUGCAAAUUGCCCGGACAGCAGCAAUGUGAAGAACAAAAGUUUAUCACACUUUGUGCUGGACACUGUGUGUAAGCUGCGCGUGGAGAUGCCGCAUCUAAGCGAACAGUGCGACGAAAACAUGAGCAUGAUAGCUUUUCAUUUCGUCAAGACCACUGGCAUGCAGUCGCUUAACAAUGCCAUGAUACAAACCUAUCGCAUACAACAAAUUCGCCAGCUAUUGGUGCCUAAGCUAAAGCACCUGCUCGAAGGUGGCAACUAUAAGGAAGUAACGCAGUGGUCCAUUAGUCUACAGUUAACACACGAGUUCGAUAUGAUGGAGUUGGCUUUUCCUUUGGUUGCGCAAGAGAAACUGCCGCUGGCCGAGGAGUAUCUGGAUCAGGCGACGCAUCAGCGACUGCCUUUUGUUAAAUUUCUUGACUCACUUCUACACAAGGACAAGUCAGUUAUCGAGCUGUGUGAGCAUUUGCUGAGCCGCUAUAAAAAUCUUAAGGUCUCACAUCAUGUGCUCAGCUAUCGCCCUGUGUCAAAGAUCGUAGCGCGCUUUGCUAAGAAGUACAACUUUGAUGACUCCAUUACGCCCAAUUACAAAUUCACCAAGACCUGCAGUUACCUACAUUACCUCUAUCGCGAGUAUGAAAAGUCGCGUAUUAAUCUAGACAGCUUUCGAGAGCUGGUGACUCUCCAUGCCUACAACUAUGAUAUACAAAUGGAUUUUGUUAGCUAUUUGGCUGCAGCUGCUGCUUAUGGACCACACGAAGCGGAGGCCAUAUACUGGUAUCAUCAGUUUAAAAUCUUGCCCGAGCAUUGUCCACUUGAAAUCAAAUCACUGAUCUCAAAUAAAGCGCUGCAGAAACAGCAGGAAAGGCAACAUCUACCACUGACCAAGGAAGAGCCUGCAGCCAGUGAAGCGUACCUGAGCAUGGAUCUGCCCGAUGAGUGCCUAAUUAUUGUGGAUACAGCCUUGCAGUUUGAGCGCAUGCUGGAGCAUCUACAACGUGAGCAAAUCAUUUUCAUGGACUCCGAGUGGAUGCAAAAUGUUUGUGUGCAAAAUCAGCUUUGCCUGCUGCAAAUUGCCACAAACCUUAAUGUGUACCUUAUUGAUUGCCUUGCCAGCCAGGAGCUGAGCGAGCAACAUUGGCGCACCUUGGGUAACAACAUAUUCAACAAUCCCAACAUACUCAAGGUGGGCUUCUCUAUGCUAAGUGAUUUAAGCGUAUUGCAACGUUCGUUGCCACUGCAGCUGCGACUACAGAUGCCGCAUCAUUAUUUAGAUUUACGCUCUGUUUGGUUAGAACUUAAGAAGCAGCGUCAUGGAAUUGAACUGCCAUUUGGCAAUGUGCAGCAGGCAGGUGAGGCGCUUACAGAUCUGUCCAUGCUCUGCCUGGGCAAGAAGCUCAACAAGGCCAAUCAGUGCUCCAACUGGGCCAAUCGUCCACUGCGACGAGAACAAGUGCUUUAUGCGGCAAUCGAUGCGCGCUGCCUUAUGCUCAUCUAUGCCUGCCUUAACAACUAUGUGCCCGACAUUAAUGUUAUUAUUGAGAAGAGCAUUGCUAGCAACAAUUUCUUGCGACGUGGCGGACACAAUCUCAAGUAGCCGCGAU